AUGGCGCCUACGACGCCCUCUCCGUGUCUGCUUAACAACGUCGCUGGUACCCGGCUAGCCUCGUCGGCCAAGGAUGCCUCUCCGUCGACGGCGUGGUUAACAAGCCCCGAGGUUCUCGAGGCGGCGACAGACCCGAAGAAACUCUCCACGAUAGUGGAAAAGUACCGGACUCCCGAGCAGAAACUUCUCAGUCAGCAGAUGAAGGAGAAGGAGUCCGAGGAACCCCUCCUCAUCGCCAAUCCCCGCCGAUGGGUUAUUUUGCCGAUUCAACACCACGCCAUCUGGGAGAUGUACAAGAAGCAGGAGGCGUCUUUCUGGACUGCUGAGGAGAUUGAUCUUGCUCAAGAUAUGACGCACUGGGAGUCUCUGAACUCUAACGAGAAGCACUUUAUCAAAUACGUUCUCGCCUUCUUUGCAGCCAGCGAUGGAAUUGUCCUGGAGAAUUUGGCGGAGAAGUUCUUGUCGGAAAUCCAGAUCCCCGAAGCACGCGCGUUCUACGGAUUCCAAAUUGCCAUGGAGAACAUCCACUCGGAGACUUACAGUCUCCUGAUCGAUCAAUACAUUCGCGACGAGAAGGAAAAAAUGGAGCUCUUCGACGCCGUCCACAACGUGAAGGCCGUGGCUGUGAAGGCGGCAUGGGCGGCCAUGUGGAUCAACAACAGAAACUGCUUCGCGGAGCGCCUCGUGGGGUUUGCGUGCGUGGAAGGCAUUCUUUUCAGUGGCAGUUUCUGCUCGAUUUUCUGGCUGAAGAAGCGUGGAUUGAUGCCGGGGCUCACCUUCUCCAACGAGUUGAUUUCCCGCGACGAAGGGCUCCACGCGGACUUCGCCUGUCUCCUCUACUCGCAGCUGAAAAACAAACUCCCGGACAAAGUCGUGCAGGACAUGGUCCGAGAAGCGGUCACCGUCGAGCGAGCCUUCAUCUGCGAGGCGCUUCCCGUUGAUCUCAUUGGAAUGAACAACCGCUCGAUGGCGCAGUACAUUGAGUUCGUCGCCGACCGCUUGCUGACUUCUUUGGGCGUUCCAAAGAUCUUCUUCGCCACGAAUCCGUUCGACUGGAUGGAACUGAUUUCCCUCCAAGGAAAGACAAACUUCUUCGAAAAGCGCGUGGGCGAGUACCAGAAGGCGGGCGUCAUGGCCGACAAAGAGCAGCAGAAAUUCGUGCUCGACGCCGAUUUUUAA